AUGGCGUUAAGUAAAGUGUUUACUCCAAGUGACAGAACAAGAUUUGCAAGACUUGCUUUGAUCAUAGUGGAAGAGCUGACGCCUAUUUUACUAGACGUGUUAGAAAAGGAAAUUUCUCCUCGUGUUAUAUUCAAUACAGUCAAAGCAAAUACACCAUUGUUUAAAAUCAUUCGCAAAGAUCAGCUACUUGUCAUCCAGAAUGCACAUACUGAUGGAUACAGAGACUUUGACAUUACAUUGCUUAAUACAUUGAUACGUAAUCUUUGUUCCAAUAUUCCAUCUCCCACACAAGGAUGGGGGAUCACAGAAAUGCCAUCUCAGGGAGAGAUUGUGGGCGAGAAAAAGAGCAAAAUCAUCAAAGAUCAAAUUGAAUUUAAGGAAACAAUUUAUCCAACCUACAUGGACAUUGCCUCUGAUGUACAAAACAGAAUAAGUCAGUUAGAAAAGGAGUAUGGAGAUCUUUCAACAGCUUUAACAAAACAUGGAGAGGACUGGCACAGAAAAAUUGACCAACUUGUCAAGAAACUUAAAGCUGAAGUUGCUGAGAUGAAAAUCACACAGUUAAAAACUCUACAAAAACAUCUGGUUGAAAUGAACAAGAACAUUACUGAAAUCAAGGAUGUAGUCAAUUCAGCUGAAAUAGCUUUAGAUACACAGGACAUUUCAAAACUAUUUGCUGUUAAAUCCAAUUUAGACAGAUAUAGAAAGCUUCCACAAGAGAUUCAUGAAGACAACACAAAAACAUCAGAAGCUGGAUCCUCUUCUCCAGUCAAACACCUGCUUGAUGAACCAGAGACUGUCACCACCAUAGACACUGGGUACAGUGAACUUUACAGUGUGGCUUGUCUGAGUGAUGAAGGAAUCUGGACAAGUGGAGAUGACAACACCAUGAAACUCUUCAGCAUCAAUCAGGGAUCACUACUUAAGUCAAUCACAACCACGUCAGGGACCUGGCCAGAGGACAAAGCAGUGACAAAAAUUAUGGAUCUUGUUUAUACUGAUUACCAUGAUAGAACUGUGAACAUUGUGAAGAAUGAGGAGGUGAUCAAACUACAGAACUGGGGACCUGAUGGUAUCUGUAGUACCUCCUCUGGUGACCUCAUGGUUAUCAUGAUCAGUGAUGAUAACAAACUGUUACAAACAAAAGUUGUCCGUUACUCUGGUUCCACAGAGAAACAGACCAUUCAGUUUGAUGAUCAAACUGAUCCUAAAAAUGACUGUGUCCACAUCAUAGACCAGGAUGAACAGUUCCUCCAUUACAUAAACUGUGGACUGAGUUAUCCCUGGGGACUGUGUAAAGAUACAAAUGACAAUCUGUUUGCCGCUCAGUGGGGAAACAGACAAAUGGAAAUUCCUUUACCAGCUUUGGACUACCUGGAAGGUCCUGAAUAUAUGACGUCAUGUGACCUUUGCAAAACUGCCAUGGUACAGCUGUACUGUGAUAUCUGUCUCUGUAAAUUGUGUAUUGAGGAAGAUGUUGCAUCAGAACUGACCAAGCCACACACAGUUGUAGGG